AUAUCAUUAAAUCACCUCUCGAUUUGGAGCCUUAUUUUUUCCUUCUCAGCCCAUUGCUGCGUUCGAUAAAGGGGGGGAGAAUACAGUUCAGGUCCCCAAUCUAAAAGCAGAGAUCCAUUACUUUCCUCUCAAUCUCGCUAAGACCAUGUCUCAGGUCGACAACAGAAAUUCCUCUGCAGCCAAGCGGGCUAGAACUGACGGUAGUCGCAGGGAAGACGAUUGGACGUGUCCAAGUUGUGGCAAUGUAAACUUUUCAUUUAGGACAACUUGUAAUAUGCGCAAUUGCACCCAACCCAGGCCAGCUGAUCAUAAUUCUAAAUCUGCUAUGAAGCCAGUGCAACCCCCACAGAAUUACUCAUCGUCAGCUACUUAUGUAGGUUCUGGUGCACCUUCAUCAAUGUAUAUGGGUGUGCCACCAUAUGGAUCAUCCAUUUUCAAUGGGUCUUCUAUUCCUCCAUACGAUGUUCCAUUUUCUGGGGGUUCAGCUUACCAUUAUAAUUACAGCAGCCGCCUUAAUGCAGGCAGUCCUUAUAGGCCAUUGCAUAUGCCUGGACCACCUCCUUAUUCUGGUGGAUCUAUGAUGGGAAAUGGUGGGAUGUAUGGCAUGCCCCCCUUGAUGGACCGAUAUGGAUUGGGCAUGCCUAUGGGCCCUGCUGCUAUGGGACCAAGACCAGGUUUCUUUCCAGAUGAUAAAUCUCUGAAAAAGAGUGCAGAUGCAACGCGCGAUAAUGACUGGACAUGCCCAAAAUGUGGGAAUAUCAACUUUUCUUUCAGAACUGUUUGUAACAUGAGGAAGUGCAAUACACCGAAGCCAGGAUCUCAGGCUGCAAAGUCAGAGAAAAGUUCCAAACAAAAAAUGCCUGAUGGAAGCUGGAAGUGUGAGAAAUGUAACAAUAUAAACUAUCCAUUCAGGACCAAGUGCAAUAGACAGAAUUGUGGAGCUGAGAAACCUAAUGAGUCAAAGAAGUCCCCUUCACCGGUGGCAGAGGAGAAUGAUCAGUGAGUACUAGGACAUUUUUGAGGUUUGAGAAGGUCCAGAGUUGUCGUCCAGCAUUGCUCAAUAUGGGUGUCUGAAAGUCAGUCGUGUCAUCCUCAUGUUGCAGCGGUUGUCAAGUUACCUUCUCAUGAUGUCUGUCAAAUUGUUGUAUUACUUGCAAUGAUGUUAACGGUCUUUAUGAAUCCUUGAUGCAUUAUGUCUCUGCCAGCUUGAUCUGGCAAAGAUUUACAGGUUGGUUCUGGUUUCUCUUAGUUAGGCUUUUGUAAUUUUUGGUAUCAACUCAUCUAAUAUAGUGGGUAUGCUACCGUGAACUUAGAAUACCGAAGGCAGUGUUUUAUCUUGUUCAUUUGAA